UUUCACCUUUCUAUUUAACUGCACAAAUCUUUCCAACAAAUUGUCCAAAGCCAACGAAACACAUCUUCUUUUUAACCUUUUUUUUCUCACCCAUAUAUUUUUGUCUGCCAUUUAUUCUUACCUUCUCUAAAAUUGUCUGUUUCUUGGUCCUAAAUGAAACUGCAUUUGUAGUCCCAUUAACUGUGAAAUUGAAUCACAUUAUCUUCUAUUCUUGUUGUGGCCUUGUGGGGUUGUUGAAUUUGAGGAAAAAGAAAGAUUGUCAGCCAUGUCUCUUGCUGGAAAAGGCUAUCCAGAUCCACAACAAGAAAGCACUGGAGUUACUAGUAAUAAUAAUAAUGCAUCUAAUUGUUGCUCAGAAGCUUUAGCUCAAUUAAAGCUUUAUCAAGCAUUCAUAUUUUCAGUCCCUAUUUUCUUUGCAUUUAUAUUGUUACUGUUAUUCUACUUGUUGUAUCUUCGUCGUCAGAGAGCUGAUUGGUCCUCAUUGCGGAUGAGGACUUCCACAUUGCACACUUCAACUGAAUCUGAUGAGCUCUCAAGGUGUGAACUGGGAUUGAAGAAGGAGGUGAGGGAGAUGCUGCCUAUUAUAGUCUUCAAAGAGAGCUUUUCUGUUAAAGACACUCAAUGUUCAGUGUGCUUAGCGGAAUACCAAGCAGAUGAUAAGCUUCAACAGAUACCUGCUUGUGGGCACACAUUUCACAUGGAUUGCAUUGACCACUGGCUAGCCACUCAUAACACUUGUCCCCUCUGCCGCCAUUCCAUCCUUGCUCCAACUAACGCUUUCACUGAAACACCUGAUAGGAGCGCAGAAACAACUUCUAGUGAACCAGAUGCUGAUGAAACAUCUCAUCGGAGCAGCUCUGAAUGUUGUGAGGGUCCUCAAGUAGGUCAAUCAAAUUCAGAGCUAGAAACCAGAGAAGAACCGGAACACAGCUCGUCUAAUGAAGAAGAAAGUGAUAGUCAUAACGUUGACCGUGACAGGGUCUCGAGAAACAAAAGUCAUGACACCGUGCAGGAGCAACGUGAUUCAGUUUGAUUUUCGUAAGUUAGGGAAGAUAAAAAUAUGAGCCAUACGCUAGAUAGAUGUGAUGCAGUUUGAUGCAUGUUAGGGGACAAUAGGGAUGAGACAGUGCAGGAUGAAUUUGACCACAUAAGUUUGGCCCUUUGUUGGGAUUCCAAAAUACUCCAGUCUUGUUGAGUGCACAUGGACUUUUCUCAGCAAAUGGGAGGCAGAACAGCUCGCAUAAACCACCGCAUGUUCAACGUUUACGUAAUGUUACCGUCUGUAACAAGAAGCAGCUCAAACAAUCCUUAAUGCAAGUUUUAAGGAUUGUUGUACCAUGUAACCUUUCUGAGUGAUAAAUGUAUUGUUGUACCAUGUAACCUUUCUGAAUGAUAAAGGUUAAUUGUGA